AUGGUGAGAAAAAGUUUGUGUCUGUGUUUUGGCGAGAAAGCGUGUCGUAAAGGCCGCACCUGCUGUCUUAUGGAAGCUCUGCGCAUCGGAUUGUGGUUGAAAAUCCGCAACACCAACCCCACUCUUGUCGGGCAGAUUUCGGCGUCAAAGAGCCUGCCCUGCUUUGCCACACAAGCCAUAGAAGCCAGGACAUCUGCGGAGUCUUGGCGUGCAUCAGCUUCUCUGUGUGUGUGUGUGUGCUUGCGUGCGUCCAAAUCUCGAGCGCGUUUGGCUUUCGGAGCUGCGAAAGGCAUGCUGUGUGUUACAAGCGGCGACCAUGUCAGGAGGAAGGAGAGGGGCCCGUGUUGUUCGCCAUGGUGA